AAUGGCUUUCUCUGGAAUCCUGAACGAUGCAGAAAUUGCUGCUGGACUGGAGAGUUGCAAAGGUCCUAAUUCUUUCAACCACAGGACCUUUUUUUCGAAAGUGGGGAUGAACACCAAAUCUGACGAUCAGGUGGCAAAAGUGUUUGGAAUCCUUGACCAGGACAAGAGUGGGUUCAUUGAGGAAAUUGAAUUGAAGAAAUUCCUGCGGGUUUUUAAGCUAGGUAGCAGAGAUUUGACUGAUGAGGAGAUCAAGGUGUUUCUCAAAGCAGGUGACACUGAUGGAGAUGGCAAAAUCGGAUUGGAUGAGUUCCGGGUCCUGGUUAAAAGUUAAAGAGAUCAGGAGGAAGACCAAGCUAACUGUACUGCAAAACAUCCUUCCUUAUUGCAAGACUACUUUAUAUUUCUACAUUUUAUACAGUGAAAUGGCAUUGACAGUCGCCAGU